GGGGCAGGCGGGAGCACCAGUGUCCCCACACGAGUGCUGGCUGAGGAGUGAGGCUGCCAGCAAAAGCAGCCAUGCCUCUUCUGGAAGUGGCCGCGGGACUUCCGGAAGCAGUGUGGCUACUUUCAUGGUGAGUGUGAUCGGGGGUAGAGAACCCUCGGUUAUUGUGAUCAGCCACCAGGGCCCCCCCCUUUGGUUAGCGUGAUCAUCCACUGGGGGACCCUACUCAGUCAGUGGGAUUGCCCAUCAGGGGACCCCCCCAGUCAGUGGGAUUGCCCCCAUUGCUGACUGCUGUCAGGGGGGCACAUCUCCCCCCUGACUCAAGAGACACCAAUUACUCAUGUUUCCAGGGAUGGUGGAAAACAAUAAAAAUUACAUAGGCAUUACAUUGUCAAACUCUGCAUGGAUUCACUGAGAUUCCUUGCUCACUCCCAAGUGUUGAGUUGGCAACUUACUUCACAGCUUACCUGUCCGCAUCUGCUUGUAGUGUGAGAUAUUAGUUAAAUUGUGACGAAAAAUAAAAAAUGAAUCAGGCUUUUGCAUGUAUGGAACGAAUGUUUGAUUGGAAAUAGCAUAUUUAAGCUUUUCCUGAUUUCAUGUAGCCCCAUGAACUAUCACUAAGAAGCAGCUGGAGGACAAAAAUCUGUUCAUACACAAUAACCGAAGACGUACAGUUAUACUUCUGAGUGCUCAAACCGUGGAGUUUUCCUGCAGUAAAGGCUAUAACCUCACUGUUCCUGCUGUCAGGACAUGUGUUGAUGGAAAUAUCCAUUUUCCACUGUGUAUCCCAAAAACAGGAAAGAAGUGUGGUCGUUCACCUGCUAUUGAUAAUGGAGAUAUAACUAGUUUUUCCCAAAAAGAGUAUGCCUCUGGGUCCUCUGUGGAAUACAAAUGCCAACAUUUUUACACACUGGAAGGACAAAAUACAUCUUUUUGUAAUGAUGGAAAUUGAACAAAACCACCAGCCUGUGUGGAGCCAUGUACUGUUGAUGUGACAGAAAUGCAAAGCCGUGGCAUAGAGCUGAGUGAGAAGUCAAAAGGAAAACAAUACAUCCCCCAUGGUGAUUUUGUUGAAUUUAAGUGCAAAGUGGGGUAUGCACAUCCUGCUGUGUGGUCUGCUUCUGAUUGUACUGUGCGGUGCUAUUCAAGCAAUGUUUCUUAUCCCCAGUCCUAUAAAGAAAUAUGUCCUGUCUUGGAUUUGGAAAAUGGUAGAAUCUACUAUAGCUAUUGGAGAAAAUUCAGAGAAGGUGCAACAACUUCAUAUUCAUGUAAGCGGGACUAUAGCCCUGAAAAUGAGCAAGACAGGAUUACGUGCACUAAGAAUGGCUGGUCACCUACUCCAAGAUGCAUCCCUGAGACAACCUGUCAUGCAGAUCAUUUGGAAAAUGGCAGAUUCCACAGAAACUAUUGGAGAACAUCAUACAAAAUAAAUGAGAGAAUUACCUAUUCAUGUAAUUCAGAGAACGACCGUGAGAAUCAGCAACGCACUGUUACAUGCACCAAGAACGGUUGGUGGCCUACUCCAAGGUGUAUCCCUGGCAUAACUUGUCCUGUGGAUAAUUUGGCAAAUGGCAGAUUCCACUCAAGCUAUUGGAAAACAUCAUACAAAAUAAAUGACAGAAUUACCUAUUCAUGUAAUUCAGAGAACAACCGUGAGAAUCAGCAACGCACUGUUACAUGCACCAAAAAUGGUUGGUGGCCUACUCCAAGGUGUAUCCCUGACAGGACUUCAGACUGAAUAAAAAGAAGCAUCAUCUAUCAGAUAACUUUUAAUCCGGCCCUGAAGAUCAAAAUCCAUUGACAAGUUAUUUACAAUGUUUGUUCAUUAUUUUUUUCAGCUAUGUUAAAAAAAUCCUCUGUCUAAAA